AUGCAUAAUUUCAAGGUUUUCAAUAAUGAUUUCUCUUUUAAAUCGUUUACUGCUGGUUACAAAUUGGUAUUUUAUGGUUCAACUUCAAUUAAGAAAUUUGAAAUUCCUGACAUUCCUGUAAAUUAUCUGAACAUACUUGAUUUAAAAGAUAUAGUUGAGGGAAUGUUUCAGUCUAAUAUGUUAGUUUAUGUUGUUGGUGGAGUUACUAAAAUUUUCCAGACCCAAAUGAUUGCCGAUAACAACAAAAACAAGAUUGUUUUUACAAGAACUGAUAUGAGCAAAUCUUUGGUGCAAUGUACUUUAUGGGGUCAACUUGCUAUAUAUUUUUAUGAUUAA